AUGCCUACAGACACGGUUGUUUCUAUUUCCGAGACGCGCAUUAGACGAUCUUUUGGAGACCAAGGAGAGCAGGAUAUGUCGCAACUCGUGAUACCAGACGAGGUCAGUCCUUUUAAAAGAACAGCCUGCCUUUAGUGAUCCACUAAAUCCGAUUGAAUAUUUGUAGUUGGAUGAAAGUCUGCCUGAUAUCAACAGCCCCUCCCCAUUGUCAAUUUUGCAGCAUUUAGCAUGACAUAAGUGCUGUGGGGCGACAGAUGCUGUAAUAUCCACUUUUUAGGCAUGUUUUGCUUCGGAGUACGCGACUGGCUGUUUAUGAGCAAGUGCACAUAUAGCUCAACUGCUCAGUCUCGCACUGAACACUUGAUAAGUUGCAUCUUAUUAAUUGCAAUCAGUAGUAAAAUUUUCUUUUAAAUGCCACACCCCCUCUAAUUCACCUAACUGCCUCAUGGAAAUAAAAUGAUGGUAGGUGGAAGUAUAGCGUAAAAGUGACUGUUAUUUAUAAGCUCAGUCUUCCAUUUUCUGUUUGGAGUUUAGAUCCUCUGGAAUCCAAUACUGUCUGCCGGGAUUAGUCGGUAUCUGUCGAGGAAGGACCGUCUAAAUUGCCAGAGCCUUAUAUCCACAUGGGACCUCCUGACCACUCGAGUCCUUGGACUAACGCCAGAUGUCUGCAUUAGGCAAGUGCAACUGCUUGACACACUUCAAGAUGCGCCCCAAGGAGUCGAGAUCGUCACUCUGAAUUUUGCUGACCGUCGUGGAAAAAACGUCAUUCAAAUUUUAUCCACCCUUUCCAGCCCCAGUGGUACUGGACUCAUUAAUCUGACUACUUUGGACACCAUGAAACAACCAAUCAGCCCUGGACAAUUGGGUGUGCUCCUGUCUGAGUGUCCAAUGCCUCGCUUACGCAAUCUUUCUCUCUCUGUCAUUGUAAGUGACGUCAGACCACCGAUCACUGAGUGCUUGAAAUCUGAGCUCAAGCUGGAGGAAGUUGCUAUCCGAUUUUUUGGAGGUCUGUCGUCGUGCGAAUUGCUGCUGUUAAUCCAGAGCUUUGGCGACUUACGCAGGCUUUCCCUGGACGACUCCCACAUCGAUCGAUACCGGAUUAGCGGCUGGCGCAGAGUCUGGGAAGGUUAUCAGACUCGCAUUCCACAAUGGACCUCUCUUCAGAUUCACCACAAAUCAGAACUACUCGAUUUGUUCCUGGGUAAAAGUUGGUCUGAUUAUGAACUCUCAGAAUUGACCAUAUUGACAGAACCAGGCCACUUCUUCCCAAAGAGGUACAUUACGGAAUUCUACGUGAUACCCAGGAUUGUCAAAUAUCAUACGCUUAACAAACCCCAGUUCCAUACCCUCCAAUUUUGCAGAGACUGUGUCAGCGUGAAGAACAGACGCAACAUGCCAAGCCUACAGUGCCCAUCAACUGGCAUUGCUCAUGACGAUGAGUCACCAGUGAACUUCGUUGCCUGCUCUCUCAUGACUGUCGAGGACGAUUGCCUCCUUCAUCCCAUCAACCUACAUGACUUGUACCUUCAUAUAAGUCCUCCUGGAACGAGCUCAUCCACAACUGUGACGAAUUCCUCUCCCUCCCUAGCGUCUUCUGUAAGUAGAUGGCAAGCACCAGUAAGGGGUAAUGUGGAAACCCUGAUUCAACAUCGCUGCUCUGAAAUCCGACGUCUAUGCAUUCGUUUGUGCAAGCCUGGAAAUGAUGCGCGUAAAGGGAACUACGUCCAGGAGAUGCCGUCUCUCGCGAGAGAUUGUUUCCUCCCAAUUAUUGAGAAGUGUGGUCCAAAUCUUCAAUCUCUGGAAGUGUCCGCUGAGCUCAUCACAGCCUGUUGCUCCGAUGUGCUAACAACAAGGCGGCUUCUCCGACUGCAAGACAAGUGCUUAAAUGUUCGAAAGGUGACUGUGAUUGCCGGGGGUGAUCUGGUCGAGCGACAACUGCGUCCAUCCGCGAAGAAUAUUUCCACCUACUUGAGUCUCUUUCCGGCGCUGAAGGAAGUGCGUAUUGUUGCCGUAGACAUCUUCACUGAACAGAUUAUUCCAGAGAUCCUGACUACCUGUGGUCAUCUUCGGCGUCUCUACAUAUACUCCCUGAGGAAUCUUACGUUUGACUUUGCUUCGCUUCCGUCGCAUAAUGCCCUCGAGCUGCUCUUCAUGGAUUUGAAAGGAUUUGAUGUGAAGGAUCGUUUUGAAAUACUUUUGAAGGAAACACUUUCGCAACUUCACUCGCCCAGAUACAUCCUGAUUAAGGUUGAUCGUGGAAGAUAUCCGUUCAAGAAGACCUUGAGAGCCUUUUUCUCCGACAGGUCUGAAUUGCGGUGGUUGGUUGUAGUUUUCAACAGACACCGCAAAACACUCUUAUGUCAUGCAAACGAGAGCUGUGCUGCAGAACCAGAAAUUGUUAAAUGCCGCACUACCUACUUGUGCAGCCUUAUUCUUGCCUAUCCAGAGCUUUACAACAUAUUUUGGAGUGAAUUUCAGCAAUUUCAUAAGCGCUUUCUAUGCAAGCCCUAG